AUGCCUGGAUCUGGCGCGCCCGCGCCCGCCAGGAAGCCACCCCUUCCUGCUAGCGGAGAAGGUGGCGGCGGUGGGUGGGACGACUGGGACGACGGUGUCCGCCCGGACAUGAGGCGAAACCAGUCGACGGGCUCGUUCGCGGUGUCCUGUACUACGAGCUACCAGACCUUCUGCUCUCGUUUUGGUAACAAGCUUGCUGAGACCUACUUUAGCUCGCUGCCUGAUUCCGUGGUCCAUGAUGAGUUGGUUCCUAUUCAGUCUCUGAUUGCAAGGGUGGUGAUUUCUGGAGAUGCGGUGCCUACGGAUGUUGUUGCUAAGCAGUGGCUGUCGGCCAAGGUGCCUCAUAAGUUCGAGCUUCAUAAGCUUUGGCUCCAUGUUGAGGGUGUGCCACAUAGUGUGCGCCACUUCUUGGGGUUGUGGGCUGUUGGAUCACUGGUGGACAGGAAAGUUGCCAUGGUGGAUUCCAAGGUUUUGGAGAAGCUGGCUGAUGAUUCGAAUAUUUUUGUUAAGUCUGAUGUGCUUGUCAAAAGGAUGAUAGCGAAGAAGGGCAAUGUCAAUGGUGAUGAUGCUGCUGAUGAUGAUGAUCCCAUGGAUACUUCUGACACCAGGACGGGACCAUCGGAGGCCAUCACAACACAUGUUCAGCUCGGGGGUUCCGCUGCGGAGGGUGCUGAUGGCGGAGUCGCAUCCGCGCUCGGGCCCGUGUCGGGCGUUGCCUCCCAGCGGGUGGCGGUGUCGCCUGGACCGGUCGCCGAUGCUACAGUGCAGCAGGCUGCUCGCGGGGGCUGCACCGCCCUUUCCCUCUCCCCUGGGGCUAUCCCAUCUUCGAGUCCCGCGCCAGCCGUCGAGGCGGGUGGUGUCGCCAUGCCGCCAACCCGUGGAGGGGGUCCUUCGCUGACUACACCCCCUCACACGACUGUUGAGGUGGCUGCCCCUACAGGACCGACAAGGCCAGGGGGCGUUGCGGAGGAGCUGCCUACUGCCUCGAGUGCAGGGUCAGCGACGGCGGACGCCUAUGCAUCGUUGAUGUCCUAUGGCUGUAGGGGAGGGUCUUCUCCAACGCCUUCCUCCCCUAAAGCUGAUGACGCCCUCGCUGGUAGCCAGAGGUGCCCAGUAGCACCACCUUCAGUUGCUGCUAGCAUGCCUUCUCGGCGUAGCACGCGCCAUAGAGUUGGCCCCGAUGGGUCUGCAACAUCGGGUGAGGACUCAUUAGCUAAGGCUAUGAGUCGCAAGGCGGAGGAGAACCUCGACUAUGCAGUUUCUGCUAAUGCUCUUAGACGUAUGGAGUUUGAUAGAAUCAAACUUACUCCUACGAUUUUGAGCAAGUUUGAUACCUCUUUUUCUGAUGAGGAUGAUGAGGAAGUGUACGCCAUCUCAGACAGGUGCAAGACUGUACUUUUGCAGAGAUGCAAACUUCGAUAUUCCUUUCCGCAGACGCUUGAGAGGUAUGUAAAAGAAGCCACUAGUGUUGCUGUGUCGAGCAACAUGUACGCACCGUUGGAUCACGUCGCCGCCGGCAUGCAGGCUAUCCUGACAGCCAACCAUUCGGCCUUCGUAGUUGCAGACUACCUAGCGGCGAGCAACAAGAAUCAUUUAUCUCAGGUGGAACAAAACUUGUUCAUGGCGUUCGCAAUGCAGCCGCACGUGGCCGAGAUGUCAUACGCUGGCUUGGACGGCGCCGCCUUCACCUACUACCGCGGCAAGGAUGGCCGGCCCAGAAAGAUGUUCGUCAGUCGCCGCGGCAAGUGGUACAAGCAGGCCGCUGAUCCGGUGACCGGCGGCCCCGUCGGACCUAUCGCGGCAGCGCCACCGCCAAAGGGCCUACCCAACACCGCACGGGCCCUAGCAGAUGCCAAGAGCGGCUCAUUGGUGGCCCUCGGUGCCGGUUUGGCCCGCCCCAGCGUCCAGAUGGUGGUCUUCUCUGCGCCAGUCGGUGACGCCGGCGUGGUCUCCGCCGCCGUCCCCACUAAGGACAUCCUAUCGAUCGCCGAUCGGGCCGCUCUAGGUAUCGGCGCCGUGGACGCAUACUACUCGAUCACCGACACUAAGCACAACGUAUCCACGGGCUAUAAACCUUUGGUCGUUGGUUCCGACGCGAAGAAGAAGAAGAUGGAGGAUCUGUUCUCAGAUAUCAAAUGCACCGUGUCCACCGUUGAUGCUCCCAAGCUAGAGCUCCACGACGUCCGGAUCGGGUCCCACCAGAGGGAGUACACAGCCGCGUGCACGAGCUUCGACCUCUCCGGAGAAGUACACCUGGGACUCCGGUUGGUGUGGCAAAAGGAGGCCAUGCUUCACGAGAUAGGGGUGGCCGUGGUCUCUGUCGUGUGCUUGCUCGCGGCCAUGACGACUGUGGCGUGCUUCUUCAUGGCACGGGCACUGUGGCGGGCGGGGUCGCAGGAGGCGGCGCUCCAGGGUGACCUCAUGAGGCAGAAGGAAGCACUCCAGCAGGCAGAGCGCAAGAGCAUGAAUAAGAGCAACGCAUUCACGUCCGCCAGCCACGACAUCCGCUCCUCGCUCUCAGUCAUCGCUGGACUCAUCAAUGUCUCCCGGACGGAGGCGCGGGCAAACCCCAACCUCACCUACUACCUCGACCAGAUGGAGAUUGGCACCAAGAAGCUCUUUGAUAUACUAAACACAAUACUAGACAUGAGCAAGGUAGAGUCCGGGAAGAUGCAAUUGGAGGAGGUGCAGUUCAGCAUGGCCGACGUCCUUGAAGAAUCUAUGGACAUGGCGAACGUCGUCGGUAUGUCUAGAGGCGUUGAGGUGGUUUGGGACCCCUGCGACUUCUCUGUUCUUCGAUGUGAUGCAGUCAUUGGUGACUGCAAGCGCUUCAAACAGAUCCUCGACAACCUUCUUGGAAAUGCCAUUAAGUUCACGCAGGAUGGCCACGUCGUGCUCCGCGCGUGGGCCAACCGCCCUAUCGCAAAGACUUCCAUGAUCAGCACCCCAUCUAGAUUCGCCCCCCGCUGGCGUGCGAGCGUGUUCUAUCGGUGGCUGCUUGGAAUGAGGGAAGACGGCGCCGAACAGAAUGCUCACCGUUCAGUCCAAAACUAUCCCAACUACCUUGAGUUUUACUUCGAGGUGGUUGAUACUGGUAUUGGCAUAGCAAAAGAAAAAAGGCAAUCGGUGUUUGAGAACUAUGUCCAGGUGAAGGAAGGGCAUGGUGGCACCGGACUUGGACUUGGUAUAGUUCAAUCUUUGGUUCGUUUGAUGGGCGGGGAGAUAAGCAUCAAGGACAAAGAGGCAGGAGAAGCGGGAACGUGCUUCGGAUUCAACGUCUUCCUCAAGAUCAGUGACGCUGAAGAGGACAUUGAGCACGGGAGGGCGAUGCCGUCCUUCAGGGAGCCCGACUGCUUCAAGGGUGGGCAGUGCAUCCUCCUAGUCCACGGGGACGAGACCCGGCGGAUCCUCCAGACAUGGAUGGAGAACGUCGGGAUGAAGGUCUGGCCCGUCCUGCGCGCCGAGCUCCUCGCCCCGACAAUGGAGAGGGCACGAGCCGCCGUGGGCGCCUCGCCGUCCAGGCCAGCGUCGAUCUCUUUGUCGCAGGGCGACGGUGAUGACUUGGACGGUGUAGCUGACCGGUGCUUCAGCUCCAAGGAGAUGGUCACCCAGGUCCUGCGGAACAGCAGCGGCAACCACGCAGGGCACCUCCACCCCUUCGGCCUACUCGUCGUGGUCGACGUCUCCGGUGGGAGGCUCAACGAGGUCCUCCACGAGGCGCCGAACCUCGCGAGGAUCAAGCACCAAGUUCCAUGCAGGGUGGCGUGCAUUAGUGACCUCAUGUCCUCCUCCGAGGAUUUGAGGAGGCUCAAGGAGGCGGCAAGCUACGACAUGGACCUGCGCAAGCCGAUCCACGGCUCCCGGCUACGCAAGCUCCUCCAGGUCAUGAGAGAGCUCCAGGCCUCUCCGUUUCCGCAACAACAUUCACAUCAGGCCGGGAUCACCAUCAAUGAGUUGCCGGCAGCGGAUCAGGCCACUGCAGUGUCAUCUGAAAUCACAUCUGCGGGGGAAGUGCCCCAGGAGCCGCCCAGGCUUGGAGACGACAAGCCACUAGAGGCAAUUGCCGUGUCGUCUGAAACCACGGCUGCGGCGGCGGUGCCCCAGGAGCCGCCCAAGCUUGAAGAUGACAAGCCUCUGGAAGGGAAGCGCGUCCUGCUGGUGGAAGACACGAGGGUGCUGCAGUUUAUCCAAAAGAAAAUGCUGAGCACUCUGGGUGCAACUGUUGUGGUAGCAGCGGAUGGAUCCGAGGCUGUGGCAAUGUUCAUCAAUGCUCUUGAGAUUGCAAUCGAUGGUUCUGGUUCAGAGGAACGGGUGGCCUCGCCCUAUGACUUGAUAUUCAUGGAUUGCCAGAUGCCGGUGAUGGAUGGCUACGAAGCGACAAAGCGCAUCCGCGAGGAAGAAAGCUGUUACGGGAUCCACACCCCAAUCAUCGCGCUGACCGCGCACUCUGAGGAGGAGGACCUGCAGAAGACCAUCCAAGCAGGGAUGGAUCUCUACCUGACUAAGCCAAUAGAGAGGAAGACAGUUGUGGAGUCCGUUCAUCAGGUGUGGAAGGAAGAUAACAACUGAUGAAUGAUAAUGUUCGUCUCUCUCGUAGGUAGCAUCGAGGUGUGUGGUUUUCCAGUAAUUAGGAUGAUGACCGUGGCAUGUAUCAUGUUACUGUUAUGCAGUUAAUAAUGACCUUUUAGGAACAAAACUGAAGUGGAGUGUAACCUUUAGCAGGUAAUUUGAAUUUCCAGAGAAUAAAAUAUUUAGCGCAACA